AUGGAACUUUUAAAGAUAGUUGCACUUGGUGACGCGACCGAAAGCAAGACGACCCUUGUGACCCAGAGCUAUGCCCUGCUCAUCGAAGACACGUAUCAAAAACAAGUGGUGGUCGACGGUCAACCAUACACUGUGGAAAUCAAGGAUUCCAGCGGACGAGAUGAGCACAGAGCGUUAUUGGACCAAUCGAUUAGAGAUGCCGAGGCUUUUGCACUAGUCUACAGCGUAACCUCUCGCGAAACAUUUGCCAGGAUCGAAAAGCACUACAACCGCAUCAUCUCGCUCAAACAAGAUUAUUACGAAGAGAUACCUUCCGCUACCGAAUCUUUGGUUCGCGCCGGCUUAGUUCGAAGAUCUUCGGUUCACAAGACGUCACCCAUGAUUCCAAUAAUGAUAAUCGGUGACAACUUCGACAAGGUAGAUAAACGUGAAGUUUCACGUGACGAAGCUAUAAGAUUGGCGGAGAGAUUGGAAUGCAAAUUCCUGGAGACAUCAACCAAGACUUCGGUGAAUGUGGAAAUGUGUUUUGAUACAUGGGAAAAUGAGCGGCUCAGAGAAGAGGGCAAAGAUGUGAGGAAAGGAAGAACAUUGAGAAAUGUGCUAUGCUGUGGUGAAUAG